AUGGCGUCUAAUGAAGAAAAUUGGAUGUGUGAUAUAAUCAAUGAUUUUAUUCACUCAUCAAUUUGGUUAUCACCUAUUCAAACAUUUAUUGAUACAAAUUGUGCUGGUUUUGAUUAUGAUGAUGAUCAUCAAUUAUCAUUAUCUUCACUGAAUGAACAGAAAAAUAUAUAUAAACAAUAUCAAAACUUAGCUGAUUCAUUACUAAUUAGUCUUAGUGAAGAUCUUAAAUUAGAUAUAAAUGAAGUAAAAUGUCAUUAUCAAAAAAAUAAUUCAAUAGCAAUCGAUGAAUCUUAUGAACAAUUAUAUUCAAUAAAUGAUUUUUAUUUAUUUACAGAAAUGAUGAAAAGAAAAAAUUUAAUUCUUCAAUUACAAGCAUUGGUUAAUUUACAAUUAGAAUGUGGCAUAUUAAAACAAACAGAUACGAAUGAUGAUCGAGUUUUACAACUAUUAUUAAAAGCAACUUCAAUAUCAUCAUCAAAAACUAAAAAAUCAACAGAAAAUUCUACAACAGCUUCAUCGAAUAUAAUACGAAACGACAGAAUGGAAAUGAAUUCUGAUAAACAUCGACAGUUUCAAUCAAAAGAGGCCAAGUCAAAUAUUGAAACUAAAACAAUUGAUUCAGUUCCUGAAGAUAUUCUUCGUGAAAAAUUAAAAGAAUUAACAAUAAGUACAACAUCAUCCGUUGAUGAUCAAACGGCAUCCGUUAUGUCAUCAAGACAAAACUUUCUUAAACAACAACGUGAUUUAAUUAUUAGACAACAACGUAAUCAGCGUGUUCGAGAAUUAGAAAAAGAAAUUGUUCAUGUUCGACCACAAUCAGCUGUUAAUGUGGCACGAAAAGCAAUGGAAACGACAAAUAAACAAGAACAACAAAUAUCCAAUGAUGAAUUAGAAAAACGACGAGCUAUGGCAGCAAAACUUCGACGAGAAGUUGUCGAUAAACGAUGA